AUGCGCCUCUUCCUGCUGCCCAUCUCGACGCGUCGCUCGCUGAUCUACGCCGAGCGCCUGCACGAGAAGGCCCCCAAGGACCGCUCCAUUCUCGACAAGGUUACGCUCAAGGCCAACGAGACCUGGGCCGCCUGGGAGAAAGACGAGAAGGCAGUAGGCAACUGGAAGAAGAAGGUCACCUUCUACGGCAACCAAGCGCUCAAGCGCAUACCGUACGAGGAAUGGGGCCUGAAGACGCUGCCCGCCCUGACCGAUCGGCGGAAGAAAGAGAUCGUUGAGGGCAAGGCGAAGCACGAGCUUCUGUUCCCAGGACGCUAUUUGAGGCAGGAAAGAGUGACUGAGAUCCUCACCAAGCUGGCGCAAGAGCGCCAGGGCAUGCACCGCAGCAAGCUGAUGUGGAGCAUCAUUAUCAUGCCAUUCACUGCGCCCUUUAUGCUGGUGCCUGUCGUACCCAACCUGCCGUUCUUCUAUGUGCUGUACCGCGCCUGGUCACAUUGGAAAGCACUCACCGGAUCAAAGUACCUCGCAUUUCUCCUCAAGCACAAACAGCCUACGGCAGUCUCUUCGUGGGCCCUCGACGAGGCAUACACCGCCGGCCUCAUGUACCCCACGCGCCAAAUCUCGCGCGCAGCGCCCCGCCCGACCGAGGAAGACGCGGACAAAGUAUCUAGCGUCGUACACGCGCAGACCAACAACGAGAGCGAAGACGUCAUGGUGCUCCAGCGCUGGAAUGGCAAGCUGAUCGCCGAGCAAUUCGACCUGCCCGACAUGGAAGUCGAGAUCGAGCGCGCUGUCGAGCAGGUCGAGAAGGCCAUCGAUGCCAAGGAGAAGAUACUCGAGAAGAAGCUGGAGCAGGAGAAGGCUACGACUGAUCACCCGGACCAGCGGGCCAAGGACGUGCUGCCUGAUCAUAUAUUAGAAAAUAUUCAUGCCGAGGCUGAAAACAUCGCGGAGAAGCACAAGAAUGGCAAGGCCUAG